AAAGUCGGGGUGUUGCUGCUGAAUCUCGGGGGACCGGAGACGUUGGAUGACGUGCAGCCGUUUUUGUACAAUUUAUUCGCCGACCCGGAUAUCAUUCGUCUGCCGCCUCCGGUGCAGUUUUUACAAGGGUUUUUGGCGAACACGUUGAGCGCGUCGCGGGCGCCGAAGAGUCGUGAGGCGUACGAGUCCAUCGGUGGUGGCUCUCCGCUGCGGAGGAUCACCGAGGAUCAGGCGAACGCGCUGCAGGCGGCGAUGCAAGCGAGAGGGAUCCAGGCGAAGACGUACGUGGGGAUGCGAUAUUGGAAACCGUUCACGGAAGAUGCGAUCGAUGCGAUCAAACGAGACGGAGUGACUCGAUUAGUGGUGUUGCCUUUGUACCCGCAGUUCUCCAUCAGCACGUCCGGGUCGAGUUUGCGAUUGUUGGAGCAAUACUUCGCGGAGGACGAAGAGUUGGCGUCGGUUCGGCACACGGUGAUUCCGUCGUGGUAUCAGCGUCCAGGGUACGUCAAAGCCAUGGCGGUGAUGAUCGCGCAGACAUUGAAGACAAAGUUCGAGGAUGACAAGGAACCGCUCAUCUUUUUCUCCGCCCACGGUGUCCCGGUGUCGUACGUAGAACAAGCCGGGGAUCCGUACAAGGAUGAGAUGGAGGCAUGCGUGCGUCUCAUCACGGAGGAGCUCGGCUCGAUGGGCGUCAACAACGAGCACGUAUUGGCGUAUCAAUCGCGUGUCGGGCCGGUGGAGUGGCUCAAGCCGUACACCGACGACACCAUUCGCGAGCUCGGGAAGAAGGGGACAGAGGCGUUGUGCGCCGUGCCGAUUUCCUUUGUCAGCGAACACAUCGAAACCUUGGAAGAGAUCGAUAUGGAGUACCGUGAAUUGGCCGAAGAGAGCGGCAUAAAAAAGUGGGGCAGAGUUCCCGCGCUAGACACCGAUCCACUCUUCAUCGAUGACCUGGCCGACGCCGUCAUCGAGGCUUUGCCGUACACCACGCGCAUGAGCAAAACUCGCGCCUCUGCCUCGGGACUCAACGUCCCUCCAGCCGAAGUCGGCGAGCUCCUCGCCUCUUACGACCGCGCCAAGCUCGCCAUCCCCGUGCCC